CAGGAUGAUGAAGGGGGGGGCGCUUGGAGAAGGCGGCGGAGCCAAUGCGCAGGAAGGGGCCGAGCAUGUGGGGAGUUGUUUACACCAGCCCGGCCCCGGGAGCUUUAACCCGGCCGCCGGCGAGGAAGGAGGGAGCCACGGCCCCGCCACGCCCGUGGCCGAGAUGGCGAGCGUGCUGUCCAGGCGCCUGGGGAAGCGCUCCCUGCUCGGCACCCGCGUCUCGGCGCCCGACGGGGUGCUGGUGGCCCCCCAAAUCCACGCCUUGCCCGCCGACCUCAGCCGGCCCCUUGCCCCCCUGGCACCCCCAGAGGACGGAUCCUGCCCGCAGGCGGUGGAGGAGAGCAGCCGGGCACCGAGAUUCCCCAGCCCCGGGCACCAUCAGCUGUGCGCCGGGCAGCAAGUUUUGGUCACCUACAGCGGGCAGGAAUUCGCGGGGCUGGCGGAGCAGCACGACCCCCCCAGCGACAAGGUGAAGGUGCUGCAGCCCGAGCAGGGCUCGCACACGUGCUGGAGGAUGCAGGACACGCAGCCAGAUGCCACCGAGGCGCUGCAGAGGUCGGUGUCCAGCAGCAUCGACGUCCCCAAGAGGAAAGACGAUGCGGCCGUGGAGAUGGACGAGAUGGUGGCGGCCAUGGUGCUGACGAGCCUCUCCUGCAGCCCCGUGGUGCAGAGCCCUCCUGCCAGCGACAGCGGCAUCCCCCCCUCGCGGGCAGUGUGUGAUCCCUGGAAGGAGAGCGGCGACGUGUCGGACAGCGGCAGCAGCACCACCAGCGGGCACUGGAGCGGGGGCAGCGACAUCUCCACCCCCUCGCCCCCUCACCCCGAGGGCAGCCCCAAGCACUCCAGCGAGGCCCUGAGCUCCCCGCCGGCUGACGACGGCUUCGAGACCGACUCCGACCCCUUUCUCCUCGACGAGCCGGCUCCGCGGAAGAGAAAGAACUCGGUGAAGGUGAUGUACAAGUGCCUGUGGCCGAGCUGCGGCAAGGUCUUGCGCUCCAUCGUCGGCAUCAAGCGGCACGUCAGGACCCAGCACCUGGGGGACAGCGCCGACUCAGAGCAGCGGAAGCGGGAGGAGGAUUUCUACUACACCGAGGUGCAGGUGAAGGAAGAGCCCGCUCCGGAGACGGUGGCAGCCGCCAGCCCCACGUCCGUAUCCUCAUCCUCUCCCAUCAUCAUCCAGCAAGCCCUGGCCAAACCGGAGGCUCUGCUGCUGGAACCGCCGGCGUUGGAGCCGGCUCUGGCCAGCAGCGCGCUCAGCCAGUCUGCACCCAGCUCCUUCUGGCACAUCCAGGCCGAUCACGCCUACCAGGCCUUGCCCUCCAUCCAAAUCCCAGUGUCCCCCCACAUCUUCACCAGCAUCAGCUGGGCCACCGCCACCUCGACUCUCCCGUCCCUGUCACCGGUGAGGAGCCGGUCGCUCAGCUUCAGCGAACCCCAGCCGCCCACGCCGAUGCUCAAAUCCCACCUGAUCGUCGCCUCGCCGCCCCGCGUGCCCCUCAGCACCAGGAAAGUCCGCGGUGAAGCCAAGAAGUGCCGUAAGGUGUACGGCAUCGAGCACCGGGACCAGUGGUGCACGGCUUGCCGGUGGAAAAAAGCCUGCCAACGCUUCCUGGACUGAGCCUUCCCUCCCUGCUCCUCACCGGGGAGCACCGGAGUCCCUCACUGCUGCAACCAGGGACCUUGGAGGCACCUCCUGGGACUCCAGAAGAGCCCUCCAGAGCUGCGUGUAAAUUCCUCCUUCUGUAUAUUGUACAUCAGCUGGGUUUGCUCUUUUUUUUUUUUAAAAAAAAGAAAACGUUUUCCAAUUAUUUUUUUUUUUAAACGUGAAGAAUUAUCUCCCUCUUGUACAGUCAAAACUGGGGCUGGGAGGAAGAAGCUGGUGGCUCGGCGGGCAGGGGGAGCUCCUAAAAAGGUGAUCUGGGGACCAAAGAGCUUCCUGCAUUUCCCAGGUCAGCACUAAAACCUCCUGAACCGCCGCGCCGGGGCCGGGGCGAGGCGUUGAGGCAGCUUUCCCUGGCUCUUGGCUCCCUAAAAAGUGCAAAUCCCUCGAGUCCUUUAAGGGACGGUGUCGAUAACAAUGAGAGCUUUAAAAAAAAUAAUGCUGUUGGGCUGUUGCUAGCAGGGCAGGGAUGAUUUUUGGGGCAGGAGUCGUGGGUUUCCCUCCCGGGUGCCCGUGUGGAUGUGGGUUUUAUUCGCGUUGUGUCGCACGGGAGCUGUGCCUGUCUGCUUCCAGUUGGUUUGGAGGGAAAAAAAACCUUGUAAUCAGGAAAAUUAUCGGGGUUUUUAAAGCAAAAGCAGCUGUUCCUUCUCAUUCUAGGCUUUGUACCUCUGCUUUGCUCCGUGAAAAUCUCCACCGUGGCCCUCUUUCGAAGCCAGGCUGAACAAAUUUGGUCUUUUUUUAAAGAAGUUCUGGCUUCACCAGUAACAGGCAGCUGGGAGGACUGGGAAGGGCUUUCCCUCAGCAUCACAGCACGGCCCCAGUUUUGGCAAACCAAAAUUCGCUUCGCACCCCAUCCGCAGCGGGGCAGGAAUCUGGACUUUUUUUUUUUUUUUUCUUGCUGCAUUUUUGAUAUAAUUUGAUAUUUGCGGGUUACUCGCAGCCCAUAACCCUUAUCCGUCAAGCCGAGAGCGAUCCCAGCACGAGGCUUGAGCCCGGGGUGAUUUUAAGGGCCACGCAGAACAACUAAAAUCCCCUAUAAAACCAAAUCGUGUGGCUCUGCCAAAUUAUUUCGCUCCUGGAUGGACGCGAGCCCUGCUGUUGAAGGGGACAGGGGAGGCGAAGCAGGAUUUGUCUAUACACGUGGUACUGGUGCUUGUCAACCUUUUUUUUUUUGUAAUUUUGUAUAUCCAAACAGAAUAUCAUUCCAGAACCUCUCUUCUCUCCUCCUGGAGCCUGUGUGAGGCUGGGGUGAUGGAAAAGCCCUUUCCUCUCCUGCUGGCAUCGUCCAUCCCCGGAGCGGGGGCCAACGCUUUACUUCCAACACCGGGUUUUCAGCCUCGUGCCCUGCGUCCUGGUAGCAAUGCUCAAAAACUUGCACUACUCAAAAACUUGUUUUUAGCUUUGUUUUCUUUUCCAGAACGCCCCCAGGCCUUUGCUGCCAGCUGAUCUUCGGGUCGCAGAGCCGGCGGGCCCCAAAUUUGCCGCUGGCCGUCCCGUUUUGCCCCCGCGUUGCCCAGCGUGGUUGUCCCUUGGGAAGGGCACGGAUGGGUUUUUGGUGAUGCUGAAGGUUCAGGUGGGCUCUCCGUGGGGUUUUCAGAAGUGAAAAGUGCUGCUUUGGGAAGUCCCCCGCCGCACCUCGCUGCGUUUUCCCUUCCCAAAUUUUAAGAGGCUUGAAGCAGCACCCGGAGCACGGACAUCAAACCCCAAAAAGGGGGAAUUUGUGGCUCCCUCAGCCCCCGUGCCUUCGCUCCCGCGACUCGGAGAGACCCAGAGGUUCUCCCUUCUUGCUUUCCGUGCCCUCCCUGCCCCGAAACGGAGGUGGGGGCCCUUUUUUGGGGCCCCAUCACUCAGGAAACCCAAAGCAGGGUGCAGCGUCCGACAAUCCGCACCAACCCCUCGCCCUUUUUCUGCUUCAGGUCGGGGUUUUUCUCGCUGCCGGGAGCCUGGGCUUGUGUAAAAAAAAAGGAAAUUUUCUGCUAAAGGUGAUUUUUCUAGGAAAAAUGUCAGUGACUCUGGAAUAAGCAGGCGUGCGUGGCGUGCUGGGUCCCCGGGUGCGACGGGGGCACGGUGGGACCCCCCAAAAUUUGGGGGAUGCUGCCCCUGCCACCCCCCAGCCCGUGCAGCGCCGCCUCCCCCAGGGAAUAGCACUUACUGCCAGGGUUUUCCUGCACAGGAAUGUUUUCGUAUCAGUGUUUUAUCCAGGGGGUGGGAGGCGCCUGCAGCUGAUUUUCCGAAGGCUUUUGCGGUACAGACGUAACUGGACAAAAUCGUCCUCUUGCUCGUGGCUCUUUCCUUUUUAUUCUCUUUUAUUUUAAUGGCAAAACUGGUGCAGGGUUGCUUUUUUUCUUUCAGUUUGGGACUAUUUCAUUGUUUUUUUUUUUACACUUUAAACCAGAAAAACCUUCUUAUCUUUCUGCAGCUCCCACAACGCCUGUCGGGUUGGCUGGCCUCUCAUUUUUUUUCGCUUUUCCCUCCUUUCCCAUCCCUUUUCUCAUCAUUUUUUUAACUCGCUUCCAACCAGCUCUUGACCAUCUUCCUGCUCUCAACCACCUCCUCUUCAGCCCCAGCCUGGAAACUCAGCUUGGAGAGUUUUCCCUGGUCCGCCUGCCUCCCACGUGUAUGUAUGUAUAUAGGAACCUCUUAAUUGGGCACUAAUUGGAGGCUGCUCUCCCUCUCCAGCCCGGCCACGGUGACACCCCGCUGCUGCCGAGGGUGCUUGCACCCCGAGAGGAAAACCCCAGCACAGGGUGGCCCCGCGCUGGCACCCAGCGCCCCGUCACCAUCAGGGGGUGACGUCGGGACGGGUGCCAGGCGGUGGUGGCACGGGGAAAAGGGGUUGGGGACGUUUGUCCCCGUGCUCCUGCGGGCCCCCGCUGCCCGGCCGGGCUGGGCUUGAUGCCGUAUCGGUGAAUUUUCUUGUCUUCUUCGGAGCUUUUUUCUCGGCUGUCUUCCAAGUAUUAUUUUUAUUGGGAAAAAAAAAAUAAUUAAAAAAAAUAAAAAAUAAAAAUGUGAAAUGUAAUUUUUACAGCAGCAAUAUGAAAUAUAUUUUAUAAGAAAUAAAAAGAAAAGUUGCCUGAC